AUGACCGAAGAAACUCAAUACCCAGAGUUGAGAGGGUUCUAUUACAUCCAUGAAGAAGUAGGACAUGGAGGUUUUGGUAAGGUGAAACUUGCCACACAUUUACUAACGGGUCAGAAAGUCGCUAUCAAAAUUAUUGAUAAGAAGGCUGUAGGGGAUGACUUACCCAGAGUUGCUACCGAAAUGGAUGCACUCAGGAAUCUUUCGCAUCAAAAUAUAUGCCGGUUAUACCAAUUUAUUGAGAAUUAUGAGAAGUUUUUCAUAGUUAUGGAGUUUUGUUCUGGAGGAGAAAUGUUUGAUUACAUUGUCCGGAAAGAGAGGCUAGAAGAAUCUGAAGCGAGACAUUUCUUCCGCCAACUUGUUCAAGCCAUGGCUUAUGUUCAUUCGCAGGGAUAUGCUCAUAGAGAUUUAAAACCUGAAAAUCUUCUGUUAACUGAAGAUCUUCAUUUAAAAGUUAUUGAUUUUGGCUUAUGUGCCAAGCCAGGAGUACUUAGUAAUCCUUUGUCAACUUGUUGUGGAUCUCCAGCUUAUGCUGCACCUGAAUUAAUAUCGGGUCGCGAUUAUCGUGGAGAUCGUGCGGAUAUAUGGUCUAUGGGAGUUCUUCUUUAUACUCUAGUUUGUGGAGCUCUACCUUUUGAGGAUGAUAAUAAUGCAAUACUGUUCAAAAAAAUUCAGACAGGCUCAUUCUACAUGCCGGAUUUCUUAUCAACUCAGAACCGUCAACUUUUGUCAGCAAUGUUGACUGUGGACCCUGAACGUCGCAUAACUAUGAAAGAACUUAUUAUGCACCCUUGGCUUAAUUACAAAUAUAGUCAUCCUGUCAAAUGGACUACAAUAUAUGAUAAAAAUAUUGUUGAUGAAGAUGUUGCAAGGGAAUUGGCCUAUCAUCAUGGAUUGUCGCUGGACCGUAUGAUGAAGAGAAUAAAAGAAUGGAAAUUUGAUUACUUAACUGCUUCUUACUAUUUACUACUUCAUAUGAAACGAAAAGGUGAAAAGUUCAACCUCCCACCACCUCAUUUCAAUUCAAAGGGAGAUCCAAAUAUUAUAGCAUCUCCCACUAUUCAUGCUUCCCUUGAUAAACAUUUGGACAGAUUAGAUAUCGAAGACAGUGAAAGCUCUGGAUUGUCUUCCGAAAGUGAUAGCUCUCGGGAGAUUCGUUUUGCUAGACCGUUAUCUCCUGACAGAGAUAAGAAAUCGUCAUAUGUUCAUGCUAUGUUGAAUAUGCCUUCUGUAUGCACAGGGAGAUCACCACAGCAGCGAUUGCCUUUCGAGUCUCCAAAUCCGGUAACGCCUGUGCGCCACAAAACUGUUGCUAGACCGCAAGCUAGCCUCGGAUUCGAGCCUGGGUAUGUAGAUCGGGAUAAGGAAAACCGUUCUGCUACUAUGCGAGUUCGGGGCCCAGUAAAAGUUAUGGAUGAUGGAACUCAGCGUCCUAAGAGUAUCUAUUCAACUCCUCAACGACCGGCUUUAAAAGCACUAUUCAGCCCUGGAAGCGGAUCGAGGCAGCGAGCAAAAUCUACGGAGCGCGCGAGAUCUGGCUCACCUUCUUCUGUUGGUAGCGGUUCAGGAUUGGAAUCAUUGGGAAGAACUCCUCGUAGCUCUUUGAAGACUCCUCGGCUUAGACAAAGAGUGUUCGCUUCUUUGGAAAGGAAGAAAGAUGCAGUUAUUAAUAUGCUGACACCCAGAAAAUUGAAAAGUGAUCCUCAAGUUCUUAAAUCGGCAAAGGGCAUGGUUAACGUUUCCAUGACAUCUUCUAAAGAUCCUGAUAGGGUUAAAGCCGAACUUAUUCAAGUUUUCGAACAACAAGAAAUUCAAUAUGAAUGCAAUGGCUGGAAAAUUUCUGGUCGUAAAAAGGAUAAAAACCACGAGAUGACCGUAGAGUUAGAAGUAGUGUUUGUUGAAUCGUUAGGAUCUAUAGGAAUAAGAAGAAAGCGUCUAGCUGGUGAUGCUUUCCUAUAUAAGAAAGUAUGUGAACAGAUUUUGAAAAUGGCUGGGUUAUAA